GAACAUCACAUCAAGUGUUAGCUGAAUAAAAGACUGAAAAGCAGAGUGAAGCCAUUCUUCCUUUAGAGAUGACACCAUAUUGUUCCUCUGGAUCUAACUAUGGUUGUAGUUCUUUAAAUCUUCUAUGGAAAAAACUAUGGAACCAAACCAUCUGGUAAUGGUGCCCGCUACCAAACCAGACCACUAGAUUUCAGCUCUGGGGCUUCACAUAGUGAAAGGAGAAACCAGCUCCCACACCUUGUCCUUUCCCAUUCAUAUGUGUGCUGUGUAAGUGGUGUUUAUAGACAUAGACAUGUAUAUGGACAUAUAUUGAUAAUAUUUUUAUGCAUCAGUAUUUUUUCUUUAAAAGCUGAAUGCACAGCUAUGGACUGCUGGGUGUGGAUGUCUCAUUCUGUUAUUUUCUUACAUGGAGAGAUCUUUUUUUUCUCUUUAGAUCCAUUAUCAAGCACACAUUUCUCUACUUUGAAGAUAAGACAAUUCCAAAAAAUGUAAUAUAUGUUUACAUGAAUGUCCCCUUAACAUUCUUGUUUUCUUCAUUACAGCCCAGGCAACCAACAACUUUCUUUUUUCCUCCCAAUCAAGCAUGCUGUUUAUCUCUUUGCAUCCUUAUAUACAACCUCCUAGAUGCCAUUCUUUAAGAAAAAGCUCAAUUUUACUAGCUUCAAUUGGAUUCUCUUGGCCAGGAGAGGUUAAUGUUUGACCUAAAUCCUGAAUUCUGUAUUCCCCACAUCUAGUUUUUCUAUAUUUCUAGUUUUAUUUUUCCUUUCACAGUCUCUAGAUCCUUUCCUAUCUGUGGACAGCCACAUUCACCUUCCACAAAAAAAGCAAGCAGGACAUGAUCUAUUAAAUUCAUGAUGUGCUUUCCCAGUACAGAUCAUGCUGCAUAGAUUGCCCAUAUUCUUUUCUAUCUUAUAAAAUCCCAUUUGUUUCUAUUUCCUGAAUAAAGUUAAAGAAAAAAAAUUCUCUAAAAGUCCCUCUUCUGAAAUCAACCCAUAGUAUCUUACAUAACUACAUUUAGAGUUCAGUACAUAAAGCUAUAUGCAUUAACACAUGGAUUUUCAAGAUAUUCUAUGCUGUUUAAUUUCCAUUCAUUCGUUCACCAAACAUUUAUUGGAGACCUGCUACUGUUAGUCAUUUCAACAUGGGAUAGGGCAAACAGUUGUAAGAAAUCGUCUUAGCUUUUAACAAAUUUAUUUUCCAUAAGGAGAGUUAGUUUUAAGUAAAUUUUGAUUUACAAAUAUAGCAUAAGUGAUUCUAAGGAAACAGAGCCUCUAGAGAAUAUGUUGGAAGAAAACAGUAGCAGUAUGCAUUGUGAAGGUGAAUAGGAAAUAUUUCCAGAGAUUUUCUCUUGUAAGGGUAGAUGAUUGUUCAGAACUUGGCCUAUGAUUGAAGCUCCAAAUAUCAUAAAUGAACUACACUUUGUGGGAUGAAUUUCUCUGAAAAAAAAAUUCACGGUUAUGUAGAAGAGUCUACAGACUAAUUUUGUUUGUAGAGAGUUGGCCAAAAGUCCAUCGCCAAAAUUAUUUGGGACUACCUUACUCCCUGUAAUAGUUGUUUAUUGUUCUGUAUCUGAUAUAACAUGCCUUUCACUAUUAUGGCAAAGCUUUUCAAAUAUAUUAACUUGGCAGACUGUUCUACUAACCACAGGCUAAGGAUUGUCCUUAGACAGCAUCUAGCAGAUUUCCCAGGUUUAUGUAUCUUGCUUACCUGAUGUAUUAUGACAAUAGUUUGUUAACUACUUCCACGGUGGAACACACUAUUUGGGGCAACUUGUAUCCAUGUUCCUUGUAUUGUAUCAUGGUCUCUCAGAACAUUGAUUCUGAACAUCUGCUUACUCCCUUUGGAGUGCAUACUGUGCUUUUAAUGGUCAGUUUCAAGUAUACGAAGGCCAAUUUCCUCUAAUGUAUUGACUAAAGGACCAAAUUAAAGAAGCUACUUCAGAAAUAUAAACCCUAAUUACAUGACACUAGCAUAUGCUUUCCACCAGUGUCCACGGGGCAAAUAUGUUUUGCUCAUGUUAUGGACAGUUUUAUUAAUUGCUUGCAGCUGGACUAAUCAAAACAAUUUCAUUCACAGAUGUGGUUCAUGCGGCUACUUGAACCAAUGAAAUAUUAAGACGUGCAGGACAGCGAGCACUCUAGACUCACAUUCCAAGCAAUGCUUCAAGACUAAUGUAGAAACCAGGCGCUGACUGUUCUCCAGCUGACUUGAUUAAAGUGCAAAUAUGGCUUGGAUGACUUACGUUUCCCAUUGGUUUGAGCAAGAUGAUUGGUAUGAAGGACUCCAAAGAGCAACCAUGUCCCAGGUCAGGCAAGUGGGACUUCUGGCUGCUGGAUGUCAACCAUGGAACAAAGAUGUAUGUGCUGCCAACGGAGAUCGGUUUGCAUACUGCGCAACUCUGGCCAUCUACAUAUACCAGCUGGAUCACCGUUAUAAUGAAUUCAAACUUCAUGCAAUUAUGUCGGAACAUAAAAAAACAAUCACGGCAAUUUCCUGGUGUCCACAUAACCCUGACCUGUUUGCAAGCAGCAGUACCGAUAACUUAGUGAUCAUUUGGAACGUGGCUGAGCAAAAAGUCAUUGCUAAACUCGACAACAUCAAAGAGACACCUGCCUGCCUCGGCUGGUGCUGGAACACACAUGAUGCUGUGGCAUUCGUUUCCCAGAAGGGUCCUCUGCUCAUUUGGACCAUCUCAGGGCCAGAUAGUGGAGUGUCUGUGCACAAAGAAGCCCAUAGUUUUGCGUCUGACAUUUGCAUAUUUAGGUGGCACACCCAAAAGAAAGGAAAAGUUGCAUUUGGUCACAUUGAUGGAAGCAUAUCGAUUUUUCAGCCUGGUAGCAAAAAUCAGAAACAUGUUCUGAGACCGGACUCUCUUGAAGGAACAGAUGAGGAGGACCCUGUUACAGCCCUGGAGUGGGACCCACUGUCCACAGAUUAUCUUCUGGUGGCUAAUUUGCAUUUUGGAAUUCGUCUUCUGGACUCUGAAUCCCUUUACUGCAUCACAACGUUUAAUCUUCCCAGUGCUGCAGUGUCUGUGCAGUGCUUGGCCUGGGUUCCCAGUGCUCCAGGCAUGUUUAUAACUGGAGAUUCUCAAGUGGGCGUUUUACGCAUUUGGAAUGUUUCAAGAACAACACCUAUUGAUAAUUUUAAAUUAAAGAAAACAGGAUUUCACUGCUUUCAUGUAGUUAAUUCUCCUCCAAAGAAAAAAUUUUCCGUCCAGUCUCCAAACAAAAAUCAUUAUAUAUCUUCAACAAGUGAAGCAGUUCCACCCCCAAAUUUGACACAGAAUCAAGCAUUUUCUCUUCCCCCUGGUCAUGUCGUAUGCUGUUUCCUGGAUGGUGGAGUUGGACUUUAUGACAUGGGAGCCAAGAAGUGGGAUUUUCUUAGAGAACUGGGACACGUGGAAACUAUAUUUGACUGCAAAUUCAAACCUGAUGAUCCAAAUGUUUUAGCAACAGCUUCAUUUGAUGGCACUAUAAAGGUGUGGGAUAUAAACACAUUAACAGCAGUGUAUACCUCUCCGGGUAACGAAGGGGUCAUUUUUGCUCUUUCUUGGGCUCCAGGUGAUUUAAAUUGCAUUGCUGGUGCAACUUCCAGAAAUGGCGCUUUUAUUUGGGAUAUUCAAAAGGGCAAAAUAAUACAGCGAUUUAAUGAGCAUGGAAAAAAUGGAAUAUUCUAUAUUGCCUGGAGUCAUAAAGAUUCUAAACGAAUAGCAACUUGCAGUGGCGAUGGUUUUUGCAUUAUUCGAACAGUCGAUGGUAAACUACUGCACAAAUACAAACACCCGGCUGCAGUGUUUGGCUGUGAUUGGAGCCAAAACAACAAAGACAUGAUAGCCACUGGCUGUGAAGACAAAAACAUCCGUGUCUUUUAUGUAGCCACGAGCUCUAAUCAGCCCUUGAAAGUGUUUAGCGGGCACACAGCAAGAGUGUUCCAUGUUAAGUGGUCUCCUCUGAGGGAAGGAAUUCUCUGCAGUGGUUCUGAUGAUGGCUCUGUUCGAAUCUGGGAUUAUACUCAAGAUGCUUGCGUAAGCACUCUUAAUGGACACACUGCACCUGUGAGGGGGUUAAUGUGGAAUACUGAGAUUCCAUACCUACUAAUCUCUGGAAGCUGGGACUAUACUAUCAAAGUGUGGGAUACUCGAGGAGGAGUUUGCCUAGAUACUGUGUAUGAUCACGGUGCAGACGUUUAUGGUUUAACUUGCCAUCCAAGUCGUCCCUUCACGAUGGCUUCCUGCUCCCGAGAUUCUACAGUGAGACUCUGGUCAUUAAUACCUUUAAUCACCCCUUUACAAAUAAAUAUUCUGGCAGACAGAUCUUGGGACGAAGUUAUCGGAAACACUGAUAAUGCGAUACGUCAAGACUGUCCUCCUCUCCUCUGCGGCAAAGUGUCAAGAGACAUUAAACAAGAAGUAGAAAAACUAACGUGCAACCCUCGGGCGAAAAAGCUAAGACUGUUUUCAGAAUGUUUAUCACCUCCAGGUGGCAGUGACAACUUGUGGAACUUGGUGUCCGUGAUUAAAGGACAAGAUGACAGCUUGCUCCCUCAGAACUACUGCAAAGGAAUGAUGCAUUUGAAACACCUGAUCAAAUUUAGAACCUCAGAAGCCCAAGAACUAACGACAAUCAAGAUGUCUAAAUUUGGUGGUGGUGUUGGCGCACCUACUAAGGAGAAAAAACUGAAGGAAGCUGCUGAAAUCCACCUGAGAUUAGGACAAAUACAGAGAUACUGUGAACUCAUGGUCGAACUUGGAGAGUGGGACAAAGCCCUAUCAGUUGCACCUGGGGUCUCUGUGAAAUACUGGAGAAAGUUAAUGCAGAGGAGAGCUGACCAGUUAAUUCAGGAAGAUAAGGAUGAUGUCAUUCCAUACUGUAUAGCCACUGGGGAUGUGAAAAAGCUCGUCAAUUUUUUUGUGUCCAGGGGUCAGCUUAAAGAAGCACUGCUUGUUGCACAGGCUGCCUGUGAGGGAAAUAUGCAAAAUGCCCAUGUUUCUACACCAAAAGGAGCUUCAAACUCUGAUGAUAUCCACAAAGAAGACUUUAAUGAACUCUUACACAAAGUCAUAAAUGAGCUGGCCGAAUGGUAUUUUCAGGAUGGCCAAGCUGUGUUGGCUGCGUGCUGCCAUCUUGCUGUAGAUGAUAUUGAGCUUGCUAUGGCAUACCUGAUCCGUGGGAAUGAACUAGAGCUGGCGGUCUCAGUGGGCACUGUCCUAGGAGAACCCGCAGCCCCAGCAAUGCAUUAUGCCCUGCAGCUACUGGCGACAAAAUGCAUGAUGAUUCCAAUGUGGAACCUGGCAGCUGAUCUUCUCCUGAUGACUCCUGGUAGCGAAGUCCACUUAGUAAAACUCUGUGCCUUCUACCCUGGGUGCAUCGAAGAAAUCAAUGACCUUCACAAGAAGUGCAAUCUACCCCCUGCAGAAGAAUGCACUCAGUUGGCUGAAACAGCCCGGGCAGAUGGCAAUGUAUUUGAAACCAUAAAGUAUUAUUUACUAAGUCAAGAACCUGAAAAGGCUCUUCCUAUUGGUAUUGACUUUGUCAAAGGAUGUAUCAGUAACUCAAACUGGACUCUAGAUACUGUUUACCCUGUGCUUGACCUGAUGAGUUAUAUCCGUACUGAAAAAUUACUCUUACAUACGUGCACUGAGGCUCGAAAUGAAUUGCUUAUCUUAUGUGGUUACAUCGGUGCCUUGCUGGCUAUCAGGAGACAGUAUCAAAGCAUUGUUCCCUCGCUGUAUGAGUACACGAGUCAGCUCUUAAAACGACGAGUGGUGUCAGUACCAUUAAAAAUUGAGCAUCUCUCUGAGGAGCUGGAUGCAUGGAGAGCUUGCACACAAUCGACCAAACAAUCAUCAGAAGAUUCUCCAUAUACACCCCCUUCUGACUCACAAAGAACAGUUUAUGAAACUUUAUUAAAGAGACUGAAAGAAGAGCCACUCAAAGGAAUUACUGGACUAGAUUACGUGACUGGAUCAAAUCUUCCAAGCCAUUCAGACAUUCACAUCUCUUGUCUUACUGGACUAAAAAUCCAGGGUCCUGUGUAUUUCCUAGAAGAUGGAAAAUCAACUAUUUCUUUGAAUGACGCUCUGAUGUGGGCAAAGGUGAAUCCAUUCUCACCUUUAGGAACUGGAAUACGACUCAAUCCAUUUUGACUGAAUUUUUUUCUGCACACUUCCUAGUUUUGUAAAAAGGAAAUUUGGGGUAUUUAUAACCUUCAUUUUGGUGGUCUAAGAAUAAUAGGUUGGGAGGUGGUUUGAUACUUGGAAGACAGAGGGAAUAAUAUUAAAUUUUGUUAAUUUCAAAAAUAAAAUAUAUAAUUCUAAAGAAAAAUAUGUAUCUUAUUGAUAAAUGGUAUUAUUUACAUUUAGAAGAAAGUUUUAAUGAAUUAUAAAAACUAAACAAUCUGCAAAGCAGAUAGGUUUCAACAGAUAUGGAUAUCGACAAAAUACUGUAUUGUUAAAACUCUGAAACACAUAAAAUAGGACGUCAUUUGGAAGAGGUUUUAGCAUAUAUACAUAUAUAGAGAAGAUAUUUAAUGAAUGUUUGAAUCAAUAUCUUGAAAUAAUAAAAUGUAUGGAAUAGACAGAUGAUUUGCAAUUCAACAAUCUCCCAUAUGAUCCUUUAUAAAAAUUAGUUGCAAAUAAAUUCGUUUGUAAAUAGGA